AUGGCCAUCUGUGAUGUCAUACUAGAUGUGGCUGUACAAUUCCAAGAACAAGAAGUUUGCUGUGUUGCAUCAGAGUCGCACCAUCCUUACCAUAUUUUUGGUAUCAUCAUAACAUCAUCGCCCGACGACCAAGGCGUGGCGUGGGGAGGUGGACAUGUGGAGACAGCUGAGGAUGUGGGAGGAGGAAGAGGUCGCGUCGGAGGAAGAUUAUGCAUCGAGGCGUGUGCUUGGAAGACGUUCCCGCUUCCUGAUGCCCAUCCCUCCAAUAUGUUCAUAAUCCCAAACAAUCCUAGUUGGUGGCCGGUAAUCAAUUUCAAUCGUGUUUACAGCUAUUCCGUAGUUGCCUCCUGUGUUGCGGUGAUAUAUGACUGGGCACUGACAUUCGGACAAGAGGUUGAACUGAUCUGGGCGCGCUAUGCUGCAAUACCAUAUGCUUUAAACUCUUCCGACAGUCCAGCUGACAGACGCAGCCUUAAUGUGGACUUGGCACUAAAUUGGAUGAAUUUAGUCAUGAAUGUCUUGCUGGGCAUUAUCAUGGUUGCUCGGUUACAUGCUAUGUAUCAGCGAUCGAGAAAGAUGCUUAUCUUUCUCAUUGUAAUAUUCCUGGCUGUCACCAUCGCCUGCGCAAUGUUCACCAUAAGAGACGACUUUACUUCAGGGGUGGACCUCAUCAUCUCUGGCACCUAUAUGUGCUCUUAUAUGUCCGCCAAUGGCGGUGAAGAAACCUACUUGAUUACCACCACUGUAUGGGAGGUCAUCGCACUGUUUCUUGCACUCUGGAUUGCUGUAAAACACUUCCAUGGACUGCGACGAUCAUCGACAGGAUGGACCAGAGGGGGCUGGUUCACAGUGUUAGUACAACCUCAUGCAAUUUAUGCUGCUAUUUCUUGCUUCCUCCUCGGCAGGCUGUCUGCAGAAGUGGUGAAACCCUUUUCCGCGAGGGCUCAGUUGUAUGUUGGUUUGAUUCAAAUUUCCUCGGUUUUGCAGAUGUUUGUAUUAGGACCGCGCCUCGUCUUGAGCAUUCGAGAAUAUCAUGCCAAGACUAUGGGCAACUCCGACAUAGGGACGGACAUAAGUACAAUUUCUUUCCAGGCGGUACAUACGUCAACUUUCAGUAAUGCGUAGGAAAUGCUCCAGGUGAUGAAGAGUCGUCGGUUGCUCUGGAGGGAACACAAUAAUCUAUUUGUAUUUUCGUCGUGCUGAUAUGGUGUACGGAAGUAGAUUUUAAAAAGAAACAGGGAUUGGCCGACCAAUAUCAUGGUAAAUCGCUA